AUGUGCACAGAUGGCACAGCUCAGGAAAAACAGAAAAGCAUCGAAGGGGUUAAAUAUGAAGACCUUGUUUGCUUCAGAGAUAUCAGACCUGGUGCACCCCACCACUAUCUGGUGGUACCUGUAGAGCACAUGGGAAACUGCAAGACACUUAAGAAAGAACACGUACCUGUAGUGAAGAAAAUGAUGGAAGUGGGAAAAUCUGUCCUCCAACGAAAUAAUUUUAGUGACUUGAAUGAUGUAAGAAUGGGUUUUCACUGGCCUCCAUUCUGCUCAAUAUCCCACUUGCAUCUUCAUGUCUUGGCUCCAGCCAGUCAGCUAGGAUUCUUAUCCAGACUGAUUUACAGAAUCAAUUCCUACUGGUUUAUCACGGCUGAACAGCUGAUUGAACGACUGCAAACUGAAAAUGCUGCCAGUUGAAAGCACAUCCAGCUCUGUGUCAAAAAAGAAUUUGAUUGUCUUUGAGCUCUGAUUUAAGGUUGCACAGUUUGAUGUUACUAAUAAUAUACCAGGAUGAAAAAGCUUUAAUUCCUUAUGAAGAAAUACAUACAGAAUUUGUAACUGUCAUCCUAAUUCUUGCAGUCUGUAUACUUAAGAAGUCCAUGUACUUCUCUGACAGUGAGGCAAUGUAUUUUAAUGAUAAUUUUUUAUUUAUAUAUUUGUAGUAUACAUACAUGUAUAUAUACACACAUGCAUAUAUAUAUAUAUACACACACACACACACACACACACUUGCAGACUACUUUUCCUAGUAAAAUGCAGAGUGCGGCAGCAGAAUGUAUUUGUAACUAAGAAAACAACAGUUACUACUAACAGCAUGUAUGUGAUACCAAAGGGAAUGUUUCAUGUGGAAUCUAGACUUUUAUUUUAAAAAUAUAUUGUUCUGGGAUUGCAAGUAACGUUUAAAACUUUAAAGUUUCCAUCUGUACUCUGUUAGUUAUGCCUAGUUAUUAGUAAGUACAUUGCUAAAGUGCACUACUAAUUUUUCUGGUGCUAAACCACUUUAAUAUAUUAGCUGUCUUAUUUGCAUGACAGUGAUGUAGUAAAUGUUAAUACAAUAUGUGCCCGAGAUGUGUUGAUGCUAUACGAUAUAGAAUAUAAUUUAAAUGUAUGUAUAAUUGUUUGUAUGUUGGACUUAAAAGACUGUUUCCCUCUUAUGUGCACAAUAUUUUAAAUUAGCUACUGUAUGUUUACAAAGAAUGUGAAGAGUUCAGAGGAAUUGAUUUAAUGUACUGGUCUUCUGCAUGACAAUAGAAGAGAAAAUCAAAUUUUGAGAUUAUGCUCUUAAUGUUCUUACUGGAAGUUGCUUGGAGUGUACUCAUGUCUUGGCUAAAUUUGAUUUCUAAAUGAAGUCACAAGAGAAAUGGGUCUUUAGUGCAGUGACUAUGUGGCAGGCUUGCAUAAUAGCAAUCUGAUUUGAACUCUGCCCCAAACUGGAACUUGUACGAAUUGUGUUCUGAAUUGUUUAAGGAACCUGCUAACACUUGCUUUUACUGUAUGAUUCUAACUAGUAAUGUUAAUGCUCUGUUUUUUCAACACCAUAUUAAGGCAGACUGUUUGCAAAGCAGAAAUUCCAGAAAACACAGGGUGGAUUUUAUUCGUUCACAGAGUGUAUCUCUUGGUGCCUAACUAAUAAAGUGUCCUUGGCUGAUACUUUUAGAUGCAGAUAAGGUGAUGAUGGUCUGCUGUACCUGCAAACUUCCCUGAAGAUAAUCUUCUCAGUGUUUUCCACUGAUCCAGCACCUGUUGCCUUAGUGGUACAAUGUAUUGUAACAUUCAUACAGUAAACUGUACAUAAUAUUUCAGAAAGUUCACAUCAUUCUAAACAGCAACAUUUUAUACCCAGAAGUUUACAGCUCUCUUUUCCAUAAGACCUUGUUCCUAAUGGUUCUGGUAUUCUUAUUAGCGGACACUCACAUGUAAUUUGCAGUACUUUGUGGUUUUGAUUUGUAACUUUUAACUAGGAAGAGUGUGAAUUAAAUCCACUGAACUUUGACUAAUUCUGUGCAAUAGAUUAGGAGGUAUGAAUUGGCUCCUACAUUUAUGAAGUAUUUGAACAUUAAGAUCUUUCAAGAGUUAAUACUAUGUAUGUGUGUUCUGAUUUGUAGUUAAUGUAUGUAACUGUACGUAACUGUGAUAUGUAGUAUUUAAGGUACCAUAAUGAACUGUUGUCAGAAAGGAUUAAUAAAGAGCAAAUACGAAUCUUGGGAUCUUA